UUGUCUUGACUUCAUCAGACCAUUAUAUGCUUCAAUACUGUCAUUGCCCUAAAACUUAUACUACUAUUACCACAAACACAAAACUACAUAAAACAAAAUUAUAGGACAAGUAAAAAAGGAGUUAAACACCAUAUCUCCCACUCUUUAUAUACUCAUGCACAACCCAUGUUUCCACCACUUGUGCCUCUCAAACCACCACCAACUCCGUAAUUCUUACAUCCUCCAAUUUUUUCAGAUGAUCUCCGCGGAGCCCCUCCACUCCCGCUCCGACUCCGACGAGUUGGGGUCCAGCGCCCGGAUAUCCUUCUCGUCGGAGUUUCUCGACGAGAGCAACUUCAUCACCAUAUGCCCCAACCCCGAGGCGGAGCGGGAGGAGCAGGAGGCCGCGGAGCGGGGGCGGGCCCCGCGGCCGGGCGUUGACUUCGAGUUCCUCUCGGGGAACCUGACGAGCAUGAUCGCGGCCGACGAGCUCUUCAGCGAGGGGAAGCUCCGCCCGUUCUGGCAAAUCCACCGCGCCGAGAAGCUCGACAGGAUCAGCGCGAAGCCCGAGGGCUCGGGCGAGGCGGUGGUGGGGUUCGAACCCGGCAAGAAGGAUCACGAGGAGAGCCGGGUGAGGUGGUUCGUCGACGACGAUCCGUCUCCCCGGCCUCCCAAAUGCACUGUUUUGUGGAAGGAGUUGCUCAAGUUGAAGAAGCAACGCCCUUCCACGCUCACGCCUUCCUCUUCCUCUUCGUCUUCCUCCUCCUCGUCCCGAGCUGAAGCUCGGGGCGAGGCGGGGAGGAGUAGUGAGAAAUGUAGCAAGAGAAUGAAGAAAGAGAAGACGCGAUCGGUUAGUAUAAGAAUUAGGCCGGUUUUGAAUGUGCCUAUCUGCACGCAGGCGAAGAACGCCGCGCUGCCGCCAUUGUUUUCCUUAAGGAAAGGCAGAUGAGAGAGAGAGAGAGAGAUGCAGAUAAUGUAAGAACGUGCUGUUUGUUUUUUGAUUUCAUGUUCUUUUUUAAUGUUUUUUUUUUGUUUUAUAGAUGAAUUGAAUUUACGACUGCAUCUGCUGAUGUAUAAUAGUUUCAACAUAUAAAUCUUCAGCUUUUCUUCUCA